AUGUCUAAACCAGCUUACAUCGUACAUAUCGAUGGCUCAGACAAGGAGCAGCGCUUCCGCGAGCACCCCGUUCUCGACUUCCUGUUCGACCACCAAGAAGCCUUUGAUCACGGCGACAUGAAGAGCGGGCCGUAUACUCGAUUCCACACCGACGACUUCGUCUUUACAAAGUCUGACGGCACGGUCUUCCCUCCCGGCGAGGCCUCUUGGCAAGGCUGGCUGUCAGGCUAUGCUCCCUUCACCGAGCACCUCCACGAGCCGCGAUACUGCAACGUGUACGAGUGCGACGAUGGGAGCUGGGAAAUGAUGGGCAUUGCGCACAUUUACGGCAAUCUCCCCGUCCCAGGAGGGGACAAGACGAAGACGGAUUUCUCUGGUGGUCAGUGGGACGUGGUCGUGCCGGGCGCGAUGGUCUUCAGGUGUGUGAAGGACCCCAGCGGUCCCAAGGGGUUCAAGGUCAAGUCCAUGACUGUGUAUGGGGACGGUACCCCCGUCGUGACCGAGAUGAUCAGACGUGGAAUGGUCAAGCCUGAGGAUCUUGUAAAGUAA